AUGGCAAGUAUCAUAAGUGGGUUGGUCAAUUUUGGAAUUCCUCUUGUUAAGAAUCUUGUGAAGUCGUUUGCGGGAGCGUUAGGCGAGGAGGAUUCUCUUGAAGGACAAUUUGUACGGUCGCAGGCUCUUGGAUCUUCGAAUAGCCACAGUGCUCUCUACUCGUCACAAGUAGCAAAAUUUUAUAGCACACCAUUCAAAGAUAUUGAUGAGUUCAAUGGAAUCCAAGACGAAGCAGUAAAGCAGUGGAUGAAUGAAAUGACUUCAAAGCAACUUGACUUUGCACUUCCGAUGAUCAAAAACAUGUUCCCAUACACGUUUACUGUCACAAGACAAUACAAAUAUAUGUACUGUCCUGGUGGAACAAAAGAUGUCGAACAAAUGGACAAUAUUCAGUACUUUGGCCCAGAAGAUGUCCCACAGUGCGUCAUAGAUGGGUCAUUCAUCAAAGAUCUUGUCGAAAAGAAGCUUUCAAAACAUGCGUAUUGCUUUGUCCCUAUAAUAACAAUGAAGACGUCACAAGGAAGUGAUCCCUACUCAUUCACCAAUGUAAUAUGGUCCGACCAUGCAUUUGAUGGAACAAAACACAGUGUUGAAGACCUCCUGAAGAUCAAUAACAUCACAAACACAAGCAACAAUGGGCAGACAAAUUAUGCAUCUCUCUGGCCAAUCCCACAAUUCUUCAAGUAUGAUGGGAAAAAAUGUGUUGGUCAACCACUCUGUCCAGCUUCAUUCCUUCUCCGAUGUGAUACACUCAAUGAAUACACUGGAAAUUAUGGAGAAGGGGAUACAGUUCAUUUUGGAUCGUUUUUCAUCGCAAAGACAGGAUCAAAUGACAUGACAAAUGAAGUUCUUAUCAACUGUGAAGUGAGAAUGACAAUCAUCAGCUAUACACUCGGGCCAGACUUCGAAUGCACUGUAGAUGAAGAAACUAAUGGAAAUGAAAAUGGAAAUGAAAAUGGAAAUGGAAAUGGAAAUGCAACGUCACAAAAAAUACCUGAAUUUAUUCGUCGAAAGCGAGGGUAA